AUACUGAUGCUGUGUGCAUCCCGAAUGCAAGACACCAGUCGUCGGAGGAGUGUCAAGUGUUUUGUAAGGCAGUGCUUGCGCUGGCUGGAAAACUAGUGGCCAGAAAGUGUUUUGUGGAUGCACUUUCUGUUAUAUCUUCUCGUUAAUUCUCUAUUGUGUAAAUUUUCAGUAACAAGAACUAACACACCGGGUUGAGUUUUUCGCUUUGUAUUCUGUUAUCUUUACGGUAGAUUCUGGAAACGAAAAUUUGUGCGCGCGAGUUGUGUCGAAAAUUGGGUGAAAAUUUACGACGAGAGAUGUCUGUGUUUUGACGGGGUUCCUCCUGAUAUCGAGCGAAAAAAGUCUCAUUUGUUGAUUCCGUUGUUAAGCAUACAUUCGUUCCAGCUUGAUUUUGUGAAAUUAUUUUGCUUCCUUGGGGCUGAAAUCCGGUGAGGUGCCAGUGAUAGUCACCAUAUUCCGUUUGGACUGGUCAACGAGGAAAAGGCUGAAACUUCGGAAGUUUGACCCGACGUCAAGUCGAAAAAAGUGCAUAAAACUGAAAAAUCGAUAAAAUUUUAUUGCACCUUCCAUUCGCGUAGCACCGUCAGUUUCCGUCUUUGUUGUUGUUUUUCGUUUCCCUAACCGCCUCAAGAAAACAAAAAAGUGUAUCAAUCUGUACCUAGCUAGCCGAUAAAUUACCGGUUUCGUGGUGGCUAAAUUUCGUUUUCUGUUUUCCUUUGUUCGGUCAGCUUCCGUUUGGAACCAGUCUAUAUUUAUUUAUUUUCUCAACGCAUUAGCCAACGAGUGAUAACACCAGCUACGACAAUAGCAGAAGACGUAAAAUAGAUUCUUAUCACUUAUCACAAAACGGAAAACACAAGAAGAAGGAACACCGAGUGACGACAGAUUGAAAGAGGGGAAUAGAAGAAAAAAUCCUACAGAAGUAACUAUGCUCAAGUAUUUAACGCACAAACUUCGCACACAAUCAAUCAACGAUGAAAACCCGGUCAAUGAAAAGAUUGACGGUCACGAUUCGGGCACGGAGUCCGACGGAGAUUUGGAUCAGGAGGAUGAUUUGAUCCAGGAACACGACAUGGAGCUAAGUCUUAGCUCUCGCCAAGACACGGCGUCCCCAACCGAUACAGCAUGUUCAUCGGAGUCACCUGCAUUUCUAGGCCCAGCAUCACAUUUACUAAUGUACGACCAGAACAGCUCCGAAGAGGAGCUGGAGGUUAUCAACGGUGGCGUUCCAGAAGUUGGAAGUGAAACCGAUGGCGAUGGUGGCGGUGAUAGCGGUGGAGGUGGUGCCGAUAGUGCUAGUGGUAUCAGCACAGGAAGCAGUGAAAGUGUUAAUCGAGCUGGAGCGAUAGUUAUGAUACCAGGUCGGCAGCCACUAACUGCUGCAAGCUUCAGCAACACCGGUGAUGAAAUUGAUGAUUGCACGGAGGAACUUUGUCUAUCAACAUCUUCGGCAGCCGGUACUUUGAGGCCAUUGGCGAUCACUCCGACUCAGCUGGCAGCGACCAAGCGGUGUAAUCCAAACAUGCUGCUGGAAAAACGCAAACGUUCGCUGGCGCACAGCUCAGAUGAUGAGGUGCGCCAUUUGCUGGAACAGCAACAUCACCAUCACCAUCAGCCGAUGCUGUCGGCGCCUGUAAACUUUCGCACGUCACCUCCUCUAGAAGCUUUAAAACCACACCGUGGCCAUAUAAUCCAGCGUUCAACCACACCACUCAUUCUAACGGAAAGUGGCCGCGGUCUGGAGCACAUUAGAAUAUCGUCGUCCUCGUCGAUCUCAUCGACAACGUCUUCGCUCUCGUCACUGGGAGGUGGUGGUGCUGGUUGUGGGCCAACAGCUAUCUACGGGGGCGUUGGAUGUCUGCCCACCUGUGAUAGUCCCUCGACAGUCAACUGUAGCACUAAUAUCAACAGCCAUCAUCAACAUCAUCAUAAUCAUCAUCAUCAACAUCAUCAUCAACAUCAUCAUCAACAACAACAGCAGAAUAGUAACAAUCUAGCACUGUUAAGUACAACUAAUACAACUGCUGCUACCGCAUCAGGGGCAGUGGGAAUGCCAUUUGUGGGCCCAGACUCGGCCACGGUAGUAACCAAUAUGGAAAUUAGCCGAUCGGUGAGCCCCCCGGCGAAGGUAUUUCACUGUGCGGUGUCCCCUCGCCGGCGACAGUCGCGCCAUCAGCAGCAGAGACUGCAGCGGCCACACAGGCCUUGUUUAGAUUUCGAUAAGAUGCAGCAACUCAAGGCACGAUCGGUGACAACCUGGAGGCACAGUAACGAACACUCCGGCGAACUCUCCGUGUUUUGCUGGUGAUGAUGAGCGACUUGCGCCGUCCGGUCGCACAGCAGCAACAGCAGCAGAAGCAGAAUUAUCAACAGCACUUGUCUGAGAUAGUCGAUGUUCCAGUUUCAGUUGUGCGGUGACGAUGAUGACCAUUAUCACGAUUAUUAUUAUGAUUACAAUUAUUACUAUCAUCAACAUUUGUACUCUCCGAUAUUUUCCAUAUGUACCGCUAGUUUGUUGCAGAAGUAAUAUCUUCAGUUUGUUUUAUGAUUAUUAUUUUUUGUACUUUUAACAUAUAUAUUCCAGUUUAUGUUUGGUCCCAGAAUUAAUCUUCCAUUUCCGAGAUGUAUAAGGAACAGAACAGCAGGAAAGUUCGAAUGAAAGGAACUAUAUUGUCCGGACGUAGAAAUAGGCGAUUGUGGAUGACUGUAGAAUGAUAGAGCACAGCUUCAAUAUUGUUGUGGAUGACACAUGCUAAGGUUAGCUAUCCUCAGUACUGAAUGAGAUCUACUACAUCUUGUACUUGUUUAUGUCGAUAUUGUGGACUGAUAUCAAGAAAAUCUCACUGAACAGAGUUGAUUGGGAAUUACUUCCGAAGUGGAAGAGCUCGGUUGAUGAAGAAGCUGGCUGUAAUUUUGUGAAAGCAGACGAACUUUGUUAUUAAUGUGUAAGAAUUUACAAAUGUUUUAUUGAUUACUUUAAUACCUAUUACCUUUCAAAGCGAUUUUGUGAUUUUAAUAUUUAGUAGUGUAUUUAAGUUUAAUCUUUAUCUCUCACUAGCAUACAAUACAGCAUUAACAAGAGGGAUCUUAUGGCUUGCACAACAGAGCAGAGGUUAAAAAAAAUCGUACAAUUUGUUUGCAAUCGUGUUGUGGAUGUUAGCAGAGGAGCAUUCUAUUCGAACGGCGUGUUUGUACGUGUUUUGCAAAGUACAAAAUCGUGGAACGGAACGAGGACUAUUGGCAUUUCUGAAGGCACAAAGUGGCCGAACCACGAUAAAGGCGUUUGAGCUCGAUAGCUUAAUGCUCUUGAACCUGCCUAUUACUUACGAUCGUUUUAGGAUAGGUGUCGCUCUUUCUCAGGGAUCUAGGGCGUGCAAUUUAAUAUUACUCGGCUUGGUAUGAAUCAAAGUACAACCAGAGUUUGUUUUUCCGGUUCGGAUUUGUCCGAAAUAAACUUCAUGAGAGUGUUUUGGCGGAUCAUUGUAACACAACCCAGUAAUUGGAACUUUCAAAUAUUUCCAUUGACCCGUUUUGCAGAAUCAUUCGAAAAAUUAUGAUCCAUAUGGCCGUUGAAUGCGAGGAUUUUUCAGUUGUCUUUCUAUGAUCCAGCCAAACACGCCACGGUUAUCGUUGAUAUAGAUCAUUUUGAAAAGUUCAAAAACAGCGCAAUUAACACGAGAAGGCAACCUAAAACUUAUAACAGCCGAAUUCUGCCACUAAUAUACAAGCACACGUUUAAGAACAAUACAUACUGCCGCCAAAUCCAUUCUGUCGUUAAUUAAUAUGAUGAAAUGCGUGAGACAGCCAUUGGCCGACGAAAACAAUUUCUCUCUAAUCGCAUCCAAAUUUGGCCAAUUAGUUAAUGACAGAUGCAGUUCAACUCAACAACAUCUAUAUAGAACAACUUAGAACACGAAACCAAGCGAAAAUAUUAACGUAAAUACAUGCAACAAAAGUAUCCACUCGAUUGAAAUCCGUGAAAUUUAAAAGUUUCUAAAUAUUUGAAAACAGCAAACAAAAAACGACAAACAAUACAAUAUUAUAAAUUCCAAUAUAUUUUACCGAACCAGAAGAACGUAAAAAUAAAAAAAACACGCAAAUCAUAGGAAAUAAUAGCCAUUAAAAAAAACAAAACAAUUAAUCGUAAGUCAUUGAACGAGAACAAUGAAAGUCAAAUAAACCGUAACGUGUCCAUCUUUGAUUACUAGCACGUGAAAUGCAAAUCUUACUAGGUGUGAUUUACAACUCAUAAACAAUACAUACGAGAGAAUUUGUGUAGCUACAUCACCAGCGAAAGAAAGGGAAGUUAUUUUGUAUCUCAUUUGCGUACCGCUCCAAAUUGUUUUACUGUUUUGUUGUAUUGUUUCAUUCGAGAAUUGUGAAAUGUCAUGUCCUGUUGGCAUUUUUAGUCAGGAACGUGCGUUUCGAAACUGUUACCCCUGAAUCCGUUUGUUCAAAGGGCGUAGGCUGGAGCCGGACCGUGGUGGUGGGAAAAUGUCCGCCCUCCCACACAAAAUUUUGAGGGGCUGUGAUAUUUGAGAACGGAUUGAGGGCUAUCUGUGAUUAGUUGAAGCGUUGGACCCCCUCUCCAUCCCCCUUCUAUUUAUUCUGCUUCCAUGGGUUGAGAAGUCGACGGAACUGGUUGUAAAUCGGAAGCAGAAAGAAACAAACCAGAGCAUGGAACAAUGAGCCGAAAGAUGACACUUUGGGAAUAAGAAAGAAAAUAAAAAACUAAGCGGUUUUGCAACUCUUGAAAAAAAAAACCGAAGAAUCGAUUGUAAGGCCCCGAAGAGAGUACAUUUUCCAUCUGAUCAUGAUUUUAAUGCGACAACAGAUUACAAAUUUUGAUAGUCAUUGAAUGAGUCACCAUUAUAAGGCUUUAACUUGGCGGAAGAAAAAAGCAGGGAAAAGGCAUCCACGGUGAGCAGAGCAAACAUCAUUGCUUUUAGUAUUGAAAAUUAUGAUAAACAAGAAAACAAAAACAAACGAAUUAUAAAUAUUGUAUCAGUAGAGAACCCGAUUCAACACUUAAUAAUAAAACACAAACAAGUAAAAUAAAUUUUCAAUGAAACAAAUCAAAUGAUGAUUAGUAGAACGGGCCGUAUCGAACCGGCUUUGACUCAAGCAAGCAUACAAAACUUAAUUGUCGUCUCAGUCAAAAUUGGAUUAAUCAUAACAAAUGAGAUAAUUUGUACGAAGCAGCAUCAAGCUAUACAAGAAAUUGAUUGCAAGUCAAAAGGAUUGUGAAUGAAUUGACGGAUAAUGCUGUAGCAGAGCGAGAAGCGUAGCAGCCACGAAACGUAUGAGAAGUAGAAUCAUAUAAUGAGAAAAAAUUGAAAUGAAACAAAAACAUAGCGAACAUAACGACGAAAUAACUUUUUACGUUUACUUAUGUUUUUAUUAUUAGACACAAAAACAAAAAAUGAAUUAUAAUUGAUUGAACCAAUUGAGAAUAAAAAAAACAAUAUCAGAA